CUUAGCAAAUUAAAACACACACACACACCACAUACAAGAAUCAGAAAUUCACAGCAAUAUGGAAGAUUUGAAGUUACAUGGAUUUUGGUAUAGCCCCUUUACAAUGAGGGUGGUAUGGACCUUGAAAUUGAAGGGUCUAUCAUAUGAGAACAUUGAGGAAGAUCGCUUCAAUAAGAGCCCUCAACUUCUUGAAUACAACCCUGUGCAUAAGAAGACCCCAGUGCUUGUUCAUGGUGGAAAACCCAUUUGUGAGUCCAUGCUCAUUCUGGAAUACAUUGAAGAGUUAUGGCCACAGAAUCCAUUGGUCCCUCUUGAUCCCUAUCAGAGGUCUCAAGCAAGGUUUUGGGUUACAUAUUCUGAUCAGUUGUUUCCUGCAGUUGUGCCACUAAUUUACGUCGACAUUGCUAAUGAUGAAGAGAAGGAAAAGGCCACAGAGAAGGUCCAAAAACUUCUAAGAGAUGUUGAAGAUCAAUGCUUAUUAUUGGUUGAUGAGAAACUAUUCUUUGGUGGUGACACUAUUAAUAUGGUGGACAUAGCUUUUGGAUCAAUGAUCAAAUUUCUUGUAACUAUGGAAGAUUUGAAUGAAUUGAAGGUUCUAGAAGCUGAGAAAUUCCCUCGUUUGCAUUCAUGGUUUAAUAAUUUCAAGAAUGCUCCAAUCGUCAAAGAAAACUUCCCUGAUAAAGAGAAAAUGUGUGCUAAUUUGAAGUAUAUCAGAAAAACAAUAAGAGAAUUGGAAUCAUCUGCCUAGUUCAAGAAGAAGGUUCCUUUUUAUGAAUUUAAUAAUUCUUUGGAGUGAUUCUAUUUAUUUUGUUGUGAAAAUAAAUCAAGUUGUGAAGAUUUCAAUUUGAUCACCUGUACUAUUUAUUUGUUUAAAUAAAUCGUUGAUAUUUGUUAUUUUAA